AUGGCAAGCCCGCCAUGGCUGGUGUUGACCCUAGCCUUGCUUUGGCCAUCCCUGGCAGAACCAGGUCUUUUAGGGGCCGAAGAGCCCUGUAAGGGCCAAGGCUGUGCCUUUACGGAGGCCAGCUGGGAAGAUGGGGGGUUGGGCCUGCUCCAGCGGGCCAUGGGAGCCAGAGCUCAGCAAGUCCAAGAGGCCCAGCGGCUGGUGCCCACUCUACCUCCCGGCCAGGAUGUUUGUCACGCGGGGCCACCAAUGACAUUGACAAAGGCUGAUCAGGAUUUCCUGGAGGGCCGAAGAAAGCCUAAGUGCGAUUGGCAGACUGCAGGCAUCUUCUGCUUGAACUGGGACAAGAUUUUUUGCUGGUGGUUGCCUCUUGGUGACAACUCUCAUGGCUGGUUCGUUCUUGUGCUGCUUGCCAUUCUCUUGUUGAUUGCCGGCCGCUGCUCUCCGAAUCCGGAAUCCUGGACAAAAGAGACCGCUACUGGAGAAACUCCUCGUCAGAUACAUUUCUGGUGCCACGAUCUCCCUCCGCACUUCUCGAUUUACAUUUCCAUGGCAGGUGCUACAAUGUGGCUGGCGAGUGCGGAGGACCACCCAACCUACAACUUCAAGGAAUCCCCGGCUUUGCCCAUUCACAUGGUGCCCUGGUGGCUUCUCUUCCUUCCAUCUGUUUGGUGCAUGUUGAUCACGGGCAGCCUUCCUACUACCAGGGCCAGAUCGGUUUGGCACAUAGCAUCCAUCCUUACAUUUCUGCCAGUGGUUCUUGCGUUUAUCCUUUGUGCGAGGACUUUUUGCUUGGACUUUCAUGAGGGUGGACAUGGGCACCAGAACCUUCCCGUCGCGUGGGCCUUUGGUGGAAUGGCAGUGGCUCUGGUGGCCUUGCUAGUCGCACCCGAGGUGAACGUUUCCUCGUGGCUUCGCAAGUUUGCCCUGCUAAUAUGCAGCGUGUUUUACAUUGCGGGGGGCGUCUCAAAGGUCAUGAACAAUCGGCCCUUCCUUAGUUGGCUCAAUGGAAAGGCCCUUCAGAAGUGGACGUAUUGCCUCGCAAACUACAACAACUUCAGAGGCGUGCCGUACCCGUGGCUUUCAAGGCAUGUGGCCACAGAUGACGGUUGGGCGCAGCUUUUCAGCGUUGCAAACCUCUUGCUAGAGCUGCCGCUGUGCUUUGCCGCGCUGAUGGGAACCGGCGAAUUCGGCAAGAUGGGCCCUGUACGGAUCCUUUGGUGCUUGGCUGGCUGUUGCUUCCACUUCGGCGUGAACUUGAUCUGGGGGUGUAUCCAGGCUAGCGCGUACAACAACGAGGCCUUUGUGAUCAUGUUGCUGGUGGUUGAUCUUCCUGGCAUGUGGGCUUCCUUAGCCAGGCCCAAGAACUUUGCGCCGGACAUGAAGGUUGUUGCACAGCCGGCUUCUGAUGCUUCGAAGCUGAUUCAGCUUGCCCUCUCACUCGGCAGCUCCGUCGUUCUGUUCGUCUGGUUGGUCACUGCCGUGCUCUACCACUUCGAUGACCCUCAUUGGCCAACCACAUCAGUUCCCAUGUUCUCCAUGCUUUGCGCCGCUGGGGGAGACUGCGAUGAAAGCUUCCGCAGCGGAACCUAUACAGUGUCAUGGCCCACGGGAGUCCUGAUGAGCCUUGCUGGCACAGCAAUCGUACUGCUGCGGCCAACAUCCGCCAAAUCCUAG